AGAACACCGCACGGAAAAAAUAAACUCGAGGAAAGGAAACCCACCGGAUUUCCCCGACGUGUGCAAUCCAGCAAUCGAGGAGAACCGCCGCCCGCCGCCCGCCGCCGUCCUUCGCCGGCCCGGGAACCUCGCUCCAUCUCUCUGUUCCGUUCGCUAGACGCUUCCCUCCCUCGCUGUUCGCUCAACACCCGCUGCAUCUCUGUUCGGCCGACGCAGGCAGCGCCGCACCAAGGAACCCGGUCGGCGACGACCUCUGACAUCUAGGCGGCGGCGGCAAGCGACGCAGGAUUUUUUCUGUCCUAUCCAAAUUAGUGUCUUGCAGAGGAAAAUGGUCAUGGAGUUGUCAAAUGCUAACCCUGUGGUUCAUGAGAAAAAAGAGAGGCGCAUCCGGCUGGCACCAGAAAAUACAGAUGAAAAUGCAGCAGAGCCUAUAGACCAGCUAGAAAUAUUUGAUCACAUUAGAGACAUAAAGGACCCGGAGCAUCCAUACUCAUUGGAAGAACUUAAUGUGGUAACUGAAGAGUCAGUUGAAAUCAAUGAUAAACUUAGUCAUGUCAGAGUUACUUUCACCCCAACUGUGGAGCAUUGCAGUAUGGCAACUGUUAUUGGCCUUUGCGUACGUGUGAAGCUCAUCCGGAGUCUACCUCCUCGUUACAAGGUGGACAUAAGGGUGGCGCCUGGAUCACAUGCAACUGAAACUGCAGUGAACAAGCAACUGAAUGACAAAGAACGUGUUGCAGCUGCAUUGGAAAAUCCAAACCUUCUUGACAUUGUUGAGGAGUGCUUGGCACCAACGUUUGAUUGAAACCUCCUGAAUACAACUAGGAUCCAGUGUCUAUAUAUUCCCAAAAAACUACACCAGAUUACCCUACGUCAUGGGCAUAAGACUUGUAUUUCAAAUACCAUGGGUGGUUACCUGUGCAUGAAUUUUGGUGCUCUGAGGCUCUCCGUAAGCAUACUGCUGUCCUUUCAGGCUUCCAACCAUCCCUUGUAUCCUGGCCUGUAGGUUCUCGGGUGCUGUUCUUUUCUUGGAGGAACUGGGUGCUGUUUUCUUUCCUGUACUUUCUGAUUGUAUACACAGACAUGGUGCGGUGAUACGUCAUACGUGUGAUCUCUUGAAAGAUGUUUGGGACUCUUGUCCUUGGGUCACAAAUCGCACGUCCUCUUUGUAAGGUGCCUCGUGUUAACAGAGAAUUGUUUUUUU